AUGAGUGUAUCCAUUAGCCCACUCCGCUUAUCCCUCGGAUGCUCCAAGAGCAGCUUGUUGGCGCGGGCCCAGAGCCAGCCUCCACUCCCCACCCGCACACUAUCUGCUAUUCCCCGCACUCCACACCGACAAUGCGCACUACCGUCGGCGUCAUCCACAUUCACAACACAUGCCAGCCGCAUGAACGAAACACACGAACAGCCUAAACGGGGCUCAGAUCUGGGCUCGAAGCCCUUUGACUCUCAACUGGCCAUGAAUUUCGAGAGUUUGGCCUUUCGCAAGAAACUCAAGCUUCUUGUGCUUGUCAUGUUGGGGACAUCUGCUGUCAUCGAGACUUUGAUCUGGGGUGAACAUGCGUGGGUAUGGUGGAAGGGUGAUGAGGGUGAUAGAAUUGAUUAA